AUGAAAAUACUAAGUUGGAAUUGUGAGGGAUUGGAGAAUAAAGCUACUAUUGGGUAUCUUAGGGACUUGUGGGGGAAGCAUAAACCAGAUUUCUUGUUUUUGUCUGAAACACGACAACCUUUUUCUGUUUUAGAGUCUUUUGUUGGUCAUUUUGGUUAUUCUACUUUAAAAACUGUUGAACCAAUUGGAUGUAGUGGUGGUUUGGCAUUAUUCUACAAUAAUAAUAAUAAUAGUAAUGUUUCUUUCUUAUUCGAAUCAAACAGACUUAUUGAUGUGGAACUUCAUUAUAAAGGCACAACCAUUUUUUUGACAUUUGUUUAUGGAGAUCCGGUUCCAAAGAACCGGGAUGGAGUAUGGGAACGGUUAACCCGUAUUGGGUUGGAUAGAGAUAGUCCAUGGUUUCUAAUUGGUGAUUUCAAUGAGUUAAAAGGGAACCAUGAGAAGAGGGGUGGGAAAUUGCGUUCUGCCUCUUCUUUUGUUCCUUUUAAUACAAUGAUUCGCCAUUGUGGGUUACUUGAGUUUCCGGCUUUGGGUGAUACUCUUUCGUGGAGGGGAUGGAGGGACAAGAAGCCGAUACGGUGUCGGCUGGACCGUGCUUUCGCAAAUGAACAGUGGCAUGAUUUGUUUACUGAUUCUUUCACGGAAUAUUUACCCAGGAUCGCGUCGGACCAUAUGCCAGUUUUAGCGGUCCUCGAGGACAAAGUUCGCCGCGGAAAAAGCAGCUUUCGCUUUGACCGUCGGUGGCUCGAUAAGGAUGGUCUGUUUCGAGCUAUUUCGUCGGGGUGGGAUGUGAGCACCGGUUCUGUGUCUCCCACUCUAGUGGACAAAAUCACUACUUGUGGACAGGCCAUUUCUCAAUGGCGGAAAGCUCAGGUACCGUCCGGACGGGAGACAAUUGAAGAUUUGAAAAAUAAGUUAGCGAUAGCUCAAGAGGAUGAUGGUACUUCAGUUGAGGAGAUCUCGGAACUUACUUGGCGAUUACGGGAGGCGUAUCGGGAUGAGGAGUGUCGUAUUUUCAGGAGCUUUUCACUAAAUCCUUCGGAUUUUGAGGAUAAGCUAGCUGAGAUUGGUACAUUAGUGAGUCAGGCCACAAAUGAUUCUUUAACUCGGGAAGUUAUUGAGACGGAGAUUAAACAAGCACUCUUUAUGAUGCACCCGGAUAAGGCCCCGGACCCGGAUGGUAUGACGACAUUAUUUUACCAGAAAGCUUGGAACACGAUUAAAGCGGAUUUGGUCUUAUUGGUUAACUCUUUUCUCCAGGAAGGGGUCUUUGAUAAACGAUUGAAUGAGACAAAUAUUUGCCUUAUUCCGAAGGUGGAUAAACCAACCAAGAUGUCCGAGUUACGUCCGAUCAGUUUAUGCAAUGUUGGGUAUAAAAUUAUUUCCAAGGUUUUAUGUCAAGGACUUCGUACUUUCCUUUCAGAACUGGUUUCCGAAACACAGUCGGCGUUUGUGGCUGGGCAUUAUAUCUCGGAUAAUAUCUUAAUAGCACAGGAAAUAUUUCAUGGCCUCCGUACUAACAUCAGACAGAUGCCAAUCAUCGGAGGUACAGGAGCUUUCAGGUUCGGAAGAGGAUAUGCACAGGCCAAGACUUUUGUGUACAAUACUACCAGCGGAAAUGAUGUGGUCGUGUACAAUGUCUAUGUUUGGCAUUAA